AUGAACUCACAGUAUAGGAAUGAUCUGUCUUCCUUUCGCACCACAGAUCAGACGGUGGGAUCGAUUUCCUUUCUACAGCGAAAAACAGAACACAGCUCGUUUGACGACAAAUUUCAAAUCCAGAGCCCGUCCAAAAAGAAACUGUUUUCAUCCCCUUGGACUCGUCAUCUCGGCGUAGCAAUCACCUUCCUCGCAGCAGCGUACCUUCUACUUGUUUGUUUUCAUUUCAUAGAAGCUAGAAAGCUUUCGGCUCCACAAAUUCGUUCCCUUGCAGACCGUCACGAUGGAUCAUGUGAUUGGGACAGUGCUGCAGACGACGGCGACGAUAGGUCUAGGCAGGGAAGGGGGCAACAACUGUCAGAGGAAGGUUUAUCUCUGUCGCAGCAUGAGGCUCAUGGAGCACACAAGGCUGAAGCAUCAGGGCCUGGAGAAGUUGAUGUUGUGGCGUCUACUGGAGAGGGGGCAACUGGGAACAGGUUCGCUAAUUGGACACAGCAACUUGCGCAGUCUAGUGUGAAAUCAUGGGCAAAACGAAACCUACCGCCGGCAGUAAAGGAGCGCCUAGUGGAUGUGUUCUCGCGAAUGGUGAGAGCUGCAAGGUUGUGCCAAUCAUUGCUGCCAAAGCUAACGUGCGAACAACGCCUGCAACUGACAUAUCGAUUGAUGCGACUGAUGGCAUUGGAUUUGGGAGCCAUUUCUUUAGUGAGGGAGGACAUGGAACCUGCACGGCAAAGCGUGGGGGACUCUCUCAUUAGUUUGGGCCUUGAAUGCCUUGGGAGUAGCGGCAGCGACGCAAAGCUUGAAGGUGUGCGCUCGUCACUUCGCCAACUGAUUGGUUUAGUUGAUAAACUGAAGCAGCCUCGGCAUGUUCAACGCGAAUGCGGCCAUCUCUCAUACAAAAUAAAGAUGGUGGCCAUAAUGAGUACUGCUGGCUUGAUACUAAAGAAUUGUUUGGUAAUCCUCGAUUCGCUGCUGCGACAGAGCAAUAUACAACAGUCAGCGAUACCAGAAGCUCUGGUUGAGCAGAAGCUCAGUGUUCUGAAGGAACUUUAUCGUGUACAUGCUGGUCACAUUGCUGUGGACAAGCAUCUCAUGGAGCACAUCCUGAGGUGCCAGGAGGCCACGGGCGUGUAUGCGCUACUUCUUAAUCGCCAAGCAGUGAUGCCCAAGGCUCCUUUUCCAAAAUUACAGCAUUUGCAGGAUCAGAUAAGAAGGGUGGUCAAUGGCAAGGUCCGUUUUACUCCAUUUGAACAGCAAAAUCCGAUACAGAGUGAACGUUCCAGCUACAUGUUCGUGGGAAGCAGCCAAUCGACAACGACUCGCCCUGAAACAUUCCUUGAACACUUGGGCAGCAUGGUGCUGCACAAAGGAUCUGCCGAAGAGCCCGGGCGAGAUUUCAACUCAGCAGCAUUUUCAUCCAGCGAAUACAUGCACGGAGGCACGCCAUUCCCUUCUCCUGCAGUUCCACAGUUGUCAGCUAUUGAGUUGCCUCACCAAGGCGCCGAACCAGCUGCGCAGCCUCUACCGCAACUUGAAAGCCGCCCUCUAGGCCAUCAACCAGAUUGGGUCCUGUUAAACACUCUUGGGAACUCACCAAGCUCUUGGUUGUUUUGGCUUGACGCAGUACACCAACCGUCGCAACGACCAGAACGCCAAAUAGCUUGGGGGUCAUCUUCCACAGGCAGUUCCUUCCUCCCUUUCGCUCCUCAGUCUGCUGAAGCGGGGUUUUCUGUGGGCCAGAUCAAGCGGCCCGCGCCCACUGGACGCUAUAGUGAACUCUUUUUGGCGUCCACUAUGCAGCUGCUACAACGGACUCAAGUUGAAUCAUCUGCCAGGCUUCAGUCGCCAGCUGCAGGCCCUCACACAAGCGACUACAGCCUCUUCGGUCAGGGAGGUGUUCCUCCCUGGUCACCCUUUUCACUAGUGCCAGCCGCCUCUGUCGAAGAACAAGCGACUGCAGGCCGUGGCUGGGUGGACGCUCAAUUGCAAGACAUGCGUGACCCUAGUACGGAGGACUUGGAGGAAUCGAGUGGACGCUUGGAGUUUGGUCACCAAUAA